UGAAAACGUUUGUGGGAUUUUUUAUUCUGACCGCAUUGCAACAAAGUUUACAGUGGUGCAAGUGUAGCUUUAUUUUUGUUAUCCUUCAUCCGAUUCCACGUUUAAUACAGUCUGAAAAGGAUGUGAAAGGGCAACAUUUAGAAACAGUUAAUCGACUGUUAUGUAAUACGCCUAAGGAGCGAAGUACAAACGUUGCUAUUGCCCAGUUUUUUUUCCUUGUUUAUGGCAUGGUAGACAAACCCAUCGUUGUGCGAACGAUCGAUGACUGGUUCUCUAACCGUAGUUAAUAGUAGUCUACACCCGUAGGUGGCUGGUUGCUUUCGAAUUUGUUUGGGUUGUAAUACCUAGUUCGGUGAAACAGCGUAUAAGAAAAUUAAGGCCAGCAAGCAGCUCGUGCUUUUUCCGAGGUCCCGCUGGUUUUUAAUGCAGAAUCACUGUAUUCACUGUCCUAUGAUUAUCAGUCAAGAAUGAAUGUCGGGAAAAGUGGCUAUCGUGUCUUCUCUGCCAACUCUACCACAGCAGGCACAGAGCUCGCCAAGAAGAUCACAGAGCGCCUUGGUGUUGACUUGGGAAAGUCUGUGGUCUACCAGGAGUCCAACAGAGAAACAAGAGUAGACGUGAAGGAGUCUGUGCGUGGACAAGACAUCUUCAUCAUCCAGACAAUCCCCAGAGAUGUGAACACCGCCAUCAUGGAGCUGCUGAUCAUGGCCUACGCCCUGAAGACGUCGUGCGCUAAGAACAUCAUCGGGGUGAUCCCCUACUUCCCCUACAGCAAGCAGUGCAAGAUGAGGAAGAGGGGCUCCAUUGUGUGCAAGCUGCUGGCGUCCAUGUUGGCCAAAGCAGGUUUAACUCACAUCAUCACCAUGGAUCUACACCAGAAGGAGAUCCAGGGCUUCUUCGGUUUCCCCGUGGACAACCUGCGGGCUUCGCCAUUUCUCAUCCAGUACAUCCAGGAGGAGAUCCCAGAUUACAGAAAUGCUAUUAUUGUCGCCAAAUCCCCCUCGGCUGCAAAGAGAGCUCAGUCCUAUGCGGAGAGGCUGCGCUUAGGGCUCGCUGUGAUGCACGGAGAGGCGCAGUGUUCCGAGUCAGACAUGGCCGAUGGACGUCAGUCUCCCCCUCUGGUCCGCUCAUCCAGUGGACACCCCGGCCUAGACCUGCCCUGGAGGCACCAAGCACCGUUCCCUGGAAUAGAGCUUCCAAUGAUGAUGGCGAAAGAGAAACCUCCUAUUAGUGUGGUGGGGGAUGUCGGUGGCCGAAUCGCAAUCAUUAUCGACGACAUCAUAGACGACGUGGAGAACUUUGUGGCCGCUGCUGAGAUUCUGAAGGAGAGAGGUGCCUAUAAGAUCUACAUCAUGGCCACCCACGGCCUGCUCUCCGCUGAUGCCCCAAGACUGAUAGAAGAGUCUGCCAUUGAUGAGGUGGUGGUCACUAACACGGUCCCUCACGAGGUGCAGAAGCUGCAGUGCCCAAAGAUCAAGACUGUGGACGUGAGCAUGAUCCUGGCAGAGGCCAUCCGCCGCACCCAUAACGGCGAGUCCAUGGCCUACUUGUUCCGGAACAUCACCGUGGACGACUGAGCCUGGCCGAGGAGCCCAGACAGACCAGCAGGAGCGCUGGGGUGGGGGAGGAGGGACCAAGUGGCAGCCUGUUACCCAUCGUAACACACACACACACACACACACACACACACACACACACACACACACACACAUACAGAUACACACACACACACA